AGCCCCGUUCUCUCUCCUGGACGAGAACGGCCCUCUCGACCGCAGUGAUGUAGUGACCCUAUUCUAUUCUCUACCUCGCGCUCUCUCUCCCUCCCUCCCUCCCUCCCGUACCCUCGCAUAAGGAUUGUAAUUGAUUGCACAAUUGCUUCAAAAAAUCACCAACCUCUAAGCUAUUUGGGAUGGCAGAUCGAUCGAUAUUGGUAUAAGCCACCGAGGGACUGAGCGCAACCGCUUCCACUUUCCGGGGAGAGAGCGCUAGCUAGCUUGCUAACUAGUUAUACUUGAACGUAGCACUGACUGCCUCGUGCACGAAUUGACCGACUUACUUGACUAGAAGAGAGAUAAUCGGCUACCUCGUUGUCGUGCUCGUCCGCCACCAGAUCGUCGUACGGACACAAAGCGAGCAAGAAUACAGAAAGAAAGAAAAGAAAAAAAGAAGGAAAGAAAACAGAGCUCUGCAAGGAUCGAUCGAUCGAUCGAUUGAUUGAUCGAGAGAGCGAGAGAGGGGAGCGGGGCGAUGGACUUUCCGUUGUGCCUGGAGCCCAGGGAUGCGCCGAUCGAAGAGCAUGGAGGGGACGCGCUGUACUGGGCGCGGGCGGCGAGGCGAGCCGAGGGCAGCCACUGGGAGGAGGUGAGGAGCAUGGUGCAGGAGUGCAGCGAGGCCAAGGAGGUGGCGAUCCAGGGCGUGACGCUGUCCAUCGGCCAGGUGACGGCCGUGGCUCGCAACGCGGACGUGACGGUGGUGCUCGAUGCGGAGAGCGCCAAGGGCCGCGUGGAUGAGAGCGCGCGCUGGGUCAAUGACAACAUGACCAAGGGCACGGACACCUACGGCGUGACCACGGGCUUCGGCGCCACCUCGCACCGGCGCACGAACGAGGGCGUGCUGCUGCAGAAGGAGCUCAUCCGGUUUCUGAACGCAGGCGUGCUGACGGACGAGGCGAGCAUUCUGCCCGUGGCCACCACGCGAGCGGCGAUGCUGGUGCGCACCAACACGCUCAUGCAGGGCUACUCGGGAAUUCGAUGGGAGAUUCUGCAAACCAUGCAGAAGCUGCUGAACAAGCAGCUCACCCCACGGCUGCCCCUGCGCGGCACCAUCACCGCCUCGGGCGAUCUGGUGCCGCUCUCGUACAUCGCCGGCCUGCUCACGGGCCGGCCCAAUUCGCGCUGCGUGGACGCGAGCGGGCAGACGCUCACGGCGCACGAGGCCCUGAAGCAGGUCGGCCUGAUCAAGCCCUUUGAGCUCCUGCCCAAGGAGGGCCUGGCUAUGGUGAACGGCACGGCCGUCGGCGCGGCGCAGGCUUCAAUGGCGUGCUAUGACGCCAAUGUCUUGGCCUUGUUCGCCGAGGUCUCGUCGGCCUUGUUCUGCGAGGCCAUGCAGGGCAAGCCCGAGUUCACCGACCACCUGACGCACAAGCUCAAGCACCACCCGGGCCAGAUCGAGGCGGCCGCCAUCAUGGAGUGGGUGCUCGAGGGCAGCGCCUACAUGAAGGCCGCGGCCAAGCUGCACGAGACCGACCCGCUCAAGAAGCCCAAGCAGGAUCGCUACGCGCUGCGCACGUCGCCGCAGUGGCUCGGCCCGCAGAUCGAAGUGAUCCGCGCGGCCACGCACUCGAUCGAGCGCGAGAUCAAUUCCGUCAACGACAACCCGCUGAUCGAUGUGUCGCGCGACAUGGCCGUGCACGGGGGCAACUUCCAGGGCACGCCCAUCGGCGUGUCCAUGGACAACAUGCGCCUGGCGCUGGGCGCAAUCGGGAAGCUCAUGUUCGCGCAGAUGUCGGAGCUGGUGAACGACUUCUACAACAGCGGAUUGCCGUCCAAUUUGACCGGGGGCCCGAACCCGAGCCUGGACUAUGGCUUCAAGGGGGCGGAGAUCGCCAUGGCCUCCUACUGCUCCGAGCUGCUGUACCUGGCCAAUCCCGUCACCACGCACGUGCAGAGCGCGGAGCAGCACAACCAGGACGUGAAUUCGCUGGGGCUCAUUUCGGCGCGCAAGACGGCCGAGGCCGUCGAGAUCUUGAAGCUCAUGGCGUCGACGUUUCUGGUGGCCCUCUGCCAGGCGGUGGAUUUGAGGCACCUGGAGGAGAACAUGCAGGCAGCCGUGGCCAAUGCUGUGGCGAUGGCGGCCAAGAAGACGCUGGCGGUCGAGGCCGCUGCUCCGCUGCUCAAGGUCGUGGCCGACACGCCUCCCUUCACGUACGUCGACGACGCCACCAGCGCCGCGUACCCUCUGAUGCAGAAGCUGAGGGAAGUGCUCGUCGCUCGCGCCUUGCAGAGCGGCCAGGACGACGAGGGAUGCACGGCGUUCCGCAGCAUUAGCGCCUUCGAGGCCGAGGUGAAACUACAGCUCGAGACGGACGUGCCCGCAUUGAGGCAACAAUUCGACGACGGAGUUUCCUCGGUCCCGAACAAGAUCACGGACUGCCGGAGCUUCCCGCUGUACAAUUUCGUUCGAUCGCUCGGCACGAAGCUCUUGGUGGGCACGGACACGAGGUCUCCUGGUGAGGACAUUCAGCUCGUUUACGAGGCCAUGACCGAGGGUCGACUGGCAGCGCCGCUUCUGCGGUGCCUGGACGGAUGGUCCGGAACUCCCAAUCCGAUAACUCCAUUGAUUCAUUGAUCGAUUCUUCAUCUUCGACACCAAAAAAUGUUCAUUCAUUCUUCGAAUUCUUUUGAUUGUUGCCGGCGCCAAUGAAGCUGGACGACAGAUGAUUAUGUACAAUUUACAGAAACUAGUUCGCCCAGAUCAAGACCAAUCACCUAAAGGUCCAUUGAGUCUUGCCAGUCUACAACAGGAAGGAAUAACCCAUUCAGUUAUAGUGGUGCCAUCUGUGUUUGAACCGACAGACCCAGAUGUCUGCUAGAGUCUCCAGACCUACCACCAGAUGACAUCAGGAUUUACGCAGUCAACAACAGACCAUAAGACGAGUCUGAUACUGAAACGAACCAAAAUUGUAAUCUGACCUUACAGCAUGAGGUGAUUCUGAUUUGAAUAUUGGAAGCAACUUGAAGCUUAGCAGCUUUGAAGUC